UUUUCCUCGCGGAAGGAAGAACCAGGCGCGGCCUUUUGGUGGCAGCAUUGUUCCGGCAAUGAGCGUGAAGGACCUGAGCGGAGAACCAGCAGCGGAGCAGCGGAGCAGCGUGGCAGGUACAGGAAAGAUGGCAGCCGCGGCAGUGGCUGAGUUUCAGAGGGCACAGUCUCUUCUUGUCACAGAUCGGAACGCCUCAAUCGAUAUUUUACAUUCAAUAGUAAAGCGGGACUUUCAGGAUAGUGAUGAGGAGGCUGUGCGUGUUAAAGAGCAGAGCAUCCUGGAGCUGGGCGGACUGCUGGCCAAGACGGGACAGGCUGAAGAGCUUGGUGGUCUGUUAACAUAUGUGCGGCCAUUCCUCAACUCCAUCUCUAAGGCCAAAGCAGCCCGACUGGUUCGCUCCUUGCUGGACCUGUUUCUGGACAUGGAGGCCGCCACAGGUCAGGAAGUAGAGCUCUGCCUUGAGUGCAUAGAAUGGGCCAAGGCUGAGAAGAGGACCUUCCUCCGACAGGCCCUAGAGGCUCGACUUAUCUCACUAUAUUUCGACACGAAGUGUUACCAGGAAGCCCUACAACUUGGCUCCCAGUUACUGCAGGAGCUGAAGAAGAUGGAUGACAAAGCGCUACUGGUGGAGGUGCAGCUGCUAGAGAGUAAAACAUAUCAUGUCCUCAGUAACCUGCCCAAGGCUCGCGCUGCCCUCACGUCAGCCAGGACAACUGCCAAUGCCAUCUACUGCCCACCAAAAUUACAAGCAGCUUUAGACAUGCAAUCAGGGAUUAUUCAUGCAGCAGAGGAGAAAGACUGGAAGACGGCGUACUCCUAUUUCUACGAGGCCUUUGAGGGCUACGACUCCAUUGACAGUCCUCGAGCCAUCACAGGACUCAAGUAUAUGCUGCUCUGCAAAAUCAUGCUCAAUGCACCAGAGGAUGUCCAGGCCCUCAUCGGUGGCAAACACAUUCUGCGGUACACUGGAAGACAGACGGAUUCGCUGAAAUGUGUAGCACAGGCUAGCAAGAAUCGAUCGCUUUCUGGCUUUGAAAAGGCACUGACAGAGUAUAAAGCAGAACUGAGGGACGAUCCCAUCAUCCGAACCCAUCUGACCAAAUUGUAUGACAACCUCCUCGAGCAGAACCUCAUCAGGCUCAUUGAGCCUUUUUCCAGGGUCCAAAUGGCACACAUUUCUUCCAUCAUCAAACUGUCUAAGGGUGAUGUCGAGAGGAAAUUAUCGCAGAUGAUUCUGGACAGAAAGUUUUACGGUAUUUUAGACCAAGGUGAAGGUGUGCUCAUCGUCUUUGACGAACCUGUGGUGGACAAGACAUACGAGGCAGCCCUGGAGACCGUUCAGAACAUGAGCAAGGUGGUGGACUCGCUUUACAACAAAGCCAAGAAGCUAACAUAAGAGUGAUUAAAACCAGUAGUCCUCCAGUGCGGAUCGUCGUGGGCCAGUCAGACCUCCGUCAAUCCCUCUCACUUCAACCCCUGGAGGUAUGAGGGAAGGAGGAAGGAGGACAAAAACUUUUCUAAACACUUGGUGUGAACCUCUGGAGACACUGCAGCAGAGACUGAUGGGAUGGAUACCCUUCUCCUGAAAUAACUCCCACAGCUCUCUGCUUUUCCUUCUUCCCGUCACUGUCUCCUCAUCCCAAUCUGGAAGCGGUUGAUCAGACACAAAGUGCUCCUCCCUAUGGAAAUAUGUCGGCACUGCGCCCCACUUCUCCCAACAAUGGUUUCUACUGUAUGUGAAAUAGGUUGAGUUUCCUCGUUACCUUUUGUUUUUGUUCUUUCUCUCUGCACUGGCCAUCAGGGAAUCUUAUAAAACAAAAUAGAAAAUUCAUAAACCAAACUUACACAUGUAUUACAAAAUCAACACCAAAACCUGAUCAGUAACAAUUCAGAUUGAACAACACCGGAAUGAGAUUGUGGUCUACCUUUUUUUUUUUUUUGUCAUUUCUUCUGAUAUUUUGGAGGUUGUUAGACUAUGGACCCAAAUUUUGCUCGUAUCCACAUUUGUACCGAAAUGUCAGGCCUGCCCCCCCUCCAAGCAGUCUCAGUCACACAAGGCAUUCAGGGGUUAUAAUACUGUGUUCCUUUAAGACCAUGCCACAAGAAGACCAUCAUGUUACUGUUGUGCCACUCACCCGCAUUUAACCUCCUCUGUGUACAUAACAUCGCCAAGGUCUGCUAUUCAUCCAGUUCACCAUGUAAUUAUAAGGUCUCAUUUUUAUAAAAUGCGAGAAGCAUGUAAAUCUCACAAGUGAGAGCAUGGCCAGUCGCACAAAGAAAUUUCAAUGUUCUAGUGUCUGAGCAAAUGCUUCUAAAGAAGCGAGGUUGCAGAGAAAAUCAUGUACAUUCUUGAAAACGUAAUCGUGCUGGGACUGAGGGUUUACCAUAUAUAAAACAAGUGCUAGAUAAAAACAACAUUUUUUAACAAUUAUUUUGGGAUAUGGAUUAAGUAUUUGAACCCCCUCCCCACCCCCAUUAUGUUUUGGGGAUAAAAUGCGCGGUAACAAUACUAAGCUAACUUUUCAGAUGUAAGUAAUAAAAGUCCUUUAGUGCAACUAGUUAACUAAUUCACUUCAUGGCAAUUGUUACAAUUACCGUUUCCUUUCAUAGAGGUUCGGAUACAUCAUUCCAAGAUUAAUACAGGACAUUUGUUUCAUUAUUAUUUUUAUUUUUUUUACAUGAAUACGAAACAUGAAAAAUAGAAUAUGAAUAUAAAAUGAAGUGAGAAGUGUUGGUCUAAAAUGUGCCAUUUUUCUCUUUAAAAAUGUGAACUCUUGGUUUAAUUGCUAUGGCCUAAAGAUGAGUCUUCAAUUGCUAAACUUAUGGCUGCUGCUCAUUUAGGCACGUCUAACUUGUGCUUGUAACUGCUGUAUCUUGAAGAACUGCCACUGGUUGUUAACUCAUUUCAAAAUAAUACUCUGCAAUGCAUCAUAAACUUGCAGGGGUGUCAAACUUGUUGUUGGUAAGGUUUCUCUCAGAGUUUCGUGAUGACCGGGAAACUAAAUCAAUUCAUCACCUCAUCAUAGUAUUACAGAUACAAAACAAAUCGAUGGAUAAUUGAUUUUGAAAUCAGAAGUUAAGGAGAAUAGUUCAACUUUUGUUCCAGUUACUGUAAAGAAGAGUUUGGUUGGGAACAGAAAAAUGCUUGCAAGAUCAUUUAUUUCAUAAGACGAUUUGAAAUUUUUUGUAGAUUUAAAAAAAAAAAAAAAAAAAAAAAAAAAUCAUGGAAGGGGACGCAAAUGAUUUGCUUUCACGGCCCACAUAAAAUGAUGCGGCGGGACGGAUGUGGCCGCCGGGCCUUGAGUUUGACACCUGUGAUAUAAACGAUACACAGCGCUUCACCUUUUCCACACGACGUGUUGAGUGCAGGUUAGAGCACAAACCAAGCAUGAAGUCAAAGGAAGUUUCACAACACUCUAAAAAGUUCUACUAACAAGGAACUUUAAGGAAAUUUAAGUUGUAUGAACUAAAUGCCUAGUUGAGGUGACAUUGCAUUACAAGUCCAACCAACAAAUGUGUAUUUCUACAUUUGUUUCUCAAACAAGGAAACAUAAAGUUGUUCCAACUAAGCCUAUUAGUUGAAUCAACAUAAAAUGUUAAGGUAGCCAGGUUACUUUUUCAGUAGAAGUUGACCUCACUAACAAUAAUCUUAAGUUUGAUCAAUACCUCCAAAUCGCAUUAUUUGUCAGGUCAACUAAAUCACUUAUUUUCUAAAAUGACUGAGUGGAAUAUAUAAAGAAAUUACUUUAUUUGUAUUUUUUUUUUAAACACAAAUAACGUAUUUGAUCACAAAACUAUAAAUUCAUAAAACAAUGAAAAUGUAAUCAAAAACAUAACCGUUAAAAAAAAAUGCUGAACAGUUUUAAGAAGUAUCUGAAUCUCACAAUGCAAGUAAUGUCUAUGUAUGGAGAAGUGACACAGGUACCGUUUGAAAUGCAUUGACACUCAUUUUGGCAUACUAUGUCUGUUUUUUUAAAUCUGUCUCCUUCAAUUUGUAAUCUCUUGUCAACAACUGCUCGCCCCUGUACCUUCUUUAUUAUGGUAACGUACAAAGACAAACAUAAAGAGCGAAAGAGGGAGACAGUCUUACAGCAUAUGGCCAGGAAUUUGAGCUAUGCAAUGUUUACCACUGAAGACUAUCAAAUAAAUGAAAAUGUUAAUAAAAAACAUUUUAAAAAAGCAUCUGAAUCUUUGGGCCUGGGGAGAGUUGGCAUGCUGCUAUGAAGACCAGGAUGCAAAACAUCAUGAAAAGGGGGGACAACGGCAGUGAACAUGAGACCCCAAGAGAGGCUGCA